AUCGCCGGCCUCGGCAACCCCGGCAGCAAGUACCACGGCACUCGCCACAACGUGGGGUUCGAGAUGGUGGAUCGCAUCGCGCGGGACGAAGGGAUCGUGAUGAACACCAUCCAGUCCAAGUCUCUGCUCGGAGUAGGUUUAAUUGGGGAGGUACCAGUGCUGCUGAUAAAGCCACAAUCAUACAUGAAUUACUGUGGUGAAGCAAUUGGACCGCUUGCUGCCUAUUACCAAGUACCUCUGAGGCACAUUCUUGUGAUUUAUGAUGACAUGAGUCUGCCCAAUGGUGUAUUGCGACUUCAACGGAAAGGUGGCCAUGGCCGCCAUAAUGGCCUACAGAAUGUAAUUGAGCAUUUGGAUGGCUGCCGGGAGUUUCCUCGUUUAUCUAUAGGCAUUGGUAGCCCACCUGGCAAAAUGGAUACACGAGCUUUUCUUCUGCAGAAGUUUAGUUCAGAGGAACGAAUUCAGAUUGACACCGCGUUGGAGCAAGGGGUGGAUGCUGUGAGGACCCUUGUGCUGAAGGGUUUUAGUGGAAGUAUUGAGAGAUUUAAUCUGGUCCAGAAGUACAAGUUCAACAGGGCUUGAUGAUUCUUUAGAUGCUUGGAUCUGCCUACCUUUGGAAGAUACAUGAAUGCACACGAAAAUGUUUUUGGAAGCGUUUGAUGUGAUAAUUUGCAUAACCUUAGGUGCACUAAGUUGGGUGUCCUAUGGUUUUGAGGAUGUUAAAAACUUAGCAGGGUGUAGAUAAGGUAGAGUUCUUCUGCACAUCUUCCUAAAGAUAACUCAUGGUUUACUCAAAUUGGAAAUAAAAUAGGUCCAUUUGAUGAAGGUCAUGUAAAAACACUUUGUACUUCUGUAGGUUACUGACACAUUAGUCUGAUGUAAAAGAGGAAUGUAGACCAUUUCAUUCCACC